UGAAGCAAGAAAAUAAUAAAAUUUUAUGUUUGGUGUUUGUUCUCGCUCAGACGUCGCCAUUUAAUCUAAUCCCAGUCAAAAUAGUUAGAAAAUGUCAAAUUUUCCAUCAAAAAUAUCUUGAAAAACAAUAAAUUUCUAAUUAAAACAUCAGUGAUCUAGUGUUUUUCACAAAAUAAUUACUCAUUACUCCCAUUUAUAUUGAAUUUAAUUCGCAUUGCAGUGAAACGUAUAAUAUAAAAAAACCAAAACCCCUAAAAAAAAAUUUUUUUUACUUGAGUUCUCUAUUUUUCCCUCACCUUAUACACAUACCUAGCAAAACCGCUAAUGUCAAAAAGAGAUAGCCUCCAGUAUAGUAUCUAAAUGAGUGAAAGAGUGCAAUAGAUAAAAACUGCAAAAUUUCUCAUUGGGAUUUUUUUUUUCUUCUACAAUAAAAUAAAUAGGAAAUUCUUGGUUAACAUUUUUUACUUUGAAAUUUCUUUUGUCAAAAAAGUUCAAUAUAAAUUUUCUCCUCUCUUUGAUUGCGAAAAACAUGCAAUCAAAUGACCCAUCGAAUUGGCACAAUCCAAAAAGAAUGCUUUUGAGUGUUGUUUUUCUGUGAAAUAAUGAACAAUUGUGCUGCAAGAAAUUAUAAUUAUCGUGGCGAACAAAGUCAUUAUCAUCAGCAGAAGCAGCAGCGGCAGCCCAUCGCAAACAUCAGCAACCCCACCACCACCACUACCAUCAGCAGCACUAGAAGCAGCAGCAGUAGCACCAUUUCCACAAUUGUGUUGCUGUCGCUUUUUGGUUUUUGGAUUUUUCUUUGGACCUUGAUGCUGGUGCUGCGAAGUGUUUGUAGGAAAAUUUCCAAAAGAAAUUCACCAAUUGCAUAGAUUUUUUAAAGAGGAUUUUUUGAAAAACAAAAAAAAAUUUCCAGUUGUUUACAUCAAUUUUCAACACAAGCGAUAUGAAGGAUAUUUGAUUGAAAGUUUGAUCUAAUUAUUCAAUUUAAACGCAAGCAAUCAUCAACAAACAAUAUUAAAAAUAAAUUAAAAAAAAUAAAUCAGUGUUAUGUAUAAAAAUCCUCCCUAAAAACAUAAUGAGCGAUCGUGACAUACCGAGUGUACCGGUAACAACAUUAGCCGGCCUAACAAGUCUAUCAGACUUAUUAAGUGAGCUUCCUGUAUCGGAUUCCUUGUCCAGUGUGACAUCUUUAAAUAAAUCACUUCUAUUCCACACAUUAGUUGCUGAUGAAUCAAACAAUCUUCUAUCAGUUCGUGAUGAUAAUUUAGUAAAACAGUUGGUACAUGCAAUUGAACAAACAAAUUCCGAUAAUAUUGAGGUUAAAAGUCAGUAUGCCAUAACACAACAUGGAACAAACAUAAGUACUUAUCCGGAAUUACUUCAAGGAAUCUAUACAUUUAGACCAACUGUCUUCAAUACACCUCAAAAUCAUCGAAUACAGAACCAUCAAUCAUCUUCACAGCCACAACAUCACCUACAACAGCAGCAGGUGCAUGUACAACAGCAAUAUGUGCCACAGGCACAAACAGCCCAUACAUCAUCGCAGAUUCAACAACAACAACAACAACGAAUAGGCGUUAAUGUUAUACAAAAUCUGCCAGAUCAAAGCAAUGCAACUAAUGUAUUGCAACAUCAACAACAACAGAUUAAACCGCCAGUUAUAAACAACAUUACUGUGCAACAGUUUAUGGCUGUUCCUUCCCCAGACGGAAAACUCCAACAGCAACCACAAAUUCUUCAACAAGUUAUUAUUAAUCCAACACCAGUCGCGACUCAGUCCCCGGUGCAAAAUAAUUUUGUUGCUAAUGCUACAACUUAUCAACAACAAUUGCCACAAAGUACUGUAGAAACUCCAGUAAGGCGCACAAGACGCAGCGCGGCUGCAGCUGCUGUAGAACAACAACAGCAAGUAACCCCGCCACAAGUGUUGUCACCCAAACAACAAACUUCUACAAGUCCCCAACAAAAUAUAGUUGCUUAUCAGAAAAAGCAGGCAGCUGUUUUGUUGCAACAACAACAGCAGCAGCAACAACUCUUGCAACAACAGCAAUUACAACAGCAAGAACUUCAACAACAACAGCAACAAUUGUUGCAACAACAACAAAAACAACCUGUUUCACAACAAACCUCUGUGAUUCAGCCUCAUACGCCGGUUAUUCAACAGCAACAACAUCAGCCUGUUAUACAACAAAACCAUCAACAGAAAACUGUUAUACUGCCAACGCCCCCCCAACCAUCAGUUAUCAUUCAACAACAACCCUCUGCGAAUGUUAUAAAUGCACCUACUGUUGUCCAGCAGGUUGCACAAUCACAACAAGUUCAACACACAACAACUCCCCAAAUACAACCGCAACAACAAAAACAAUAUCCACAAGUUCCACAACAGCCACUUACGCAAAAACAGCAAACAAAUACGCAAAAAGUUGUCCACUCUCAACAACAGCAGGUUUUGACUCCAAAUCAGCCUUUGCAAACAAAACAACAAACACCGCCCCAUAAACAACAGAAUCCACAAAUUUCCCAACAACAACAAUCACAACAGGUAGUGCAACAGCCUCCACAACAGUUGCAACCGAAUAAACAACAACUAAAACAGGUUCCUCAACAACAUACACAACCGUUGGCGCCACAACAACAUUCCCAAGUGGCCCAACAACAACAAGUAAAUACUCAGCAAAAACAACAACAGUUACAGCAUCUACAAAAACAAAAACAACAACAAUCUCCACAGUCGCCAGCGCCACAACAGCAAAAUCUAUCGCAACAACAACCGCAACAGGCCCAGCAGGUGCCACAUGUUAUUCAAGGACAGUUUCAAAACGUUCUUAACCUCCAACGACAGCAUUUUGCCCAACAACAACAAAAACAACAAUCUACCACGCCACAAAAGACAACACCACGCAAUAGCGAAUAUCUGCAACAGCAAAGUAAGAACUUUGAAUUGCGUGGUAAAUCGCCAGCGCAGGCAAGUACAGCACCAGAUUCAAAUCAAAUUGGUCAGAAUCCACAACAACAAAAGGAAUCAACAACUGUGUCCAAUAAUAAUAAUGGCUCAAUGAAAAACAUUGCCACAACCAUGUCUAAUACUACGCCGACAACAACCACACCCGUGGUUCUUCCUACUAAUGCAACUUCAACAAAAACAACAUCAUCCGAGAUAGUUGCUACAUCAACAACAUCAUCAUCUACCACAACAACAUUACCAGCAAGGUCGAAUUCAGUCAACUCGAGCGCUUCGAAUGCAUCCAGAUCAACGACGAACAGUAAAAGCCGCCUUCGGGUAUGUAUAAAUCGCCUUAAAGCCGAGGACGAGCGCUUGAUGCAGGAGAGUAUUAAAGAAUUUGUUAAAAAGUCACCAGAAUUGGCUGUUAAAAUCGGAUUGGCAGAUGAAAAAAAGUCUUCUUCUUCGGACCCUGCCCCUUCUUUGCCGCCAUCAUCAAAUUCUUUGAAAGAAGACAAAGAAGAGAACAAAAUGCCAGCACCAACACCAACACAAACAAAUGCUAAUAGCAGUGGCGGUGCAGCUGUGGGCGAUACAUUCUCUAUGAUGAAAGCAGCCGAUGAUAAACGAAUUGCAACAAAAAGAAAGUUAGCAAUUAAACCCGAUGAUGAGAUACCACCGGAACAAAUCUUUUCGCAACCAAAAGUACGACGCGUUGAACGAAAUGUAGCACCAUCAACACCAAAAUGUUCCAAAGAGGAAGUUAUGCGAUCACAAACUUAUCAGCAAUUUAUGAAAAAUAUGGAACAAAUAAUUGAACAAUUGGAUGAUACUGAACAACCUAAUUUUGACUCUGAUGAAAUUGAUCAAAACAUCGAAUGCAUAACAUCGAAAAUGCUCAAUGUCAUGAGCAAUGAUGUUGCUAAACUUAAAGCAAAAAUGGUACUCGAUUCAAUUCCUAAAAAUAAGCUUACACUUUUAAUAAACUAUGCUAUGAGGAAUGUUUAUUUAGCUAAGAACUACUCCGCUGGACCGGACGAUGAAGAUGAUAUCAUUGACGAUGAGAUCAUGGAUAAGAUUCUAAAUGCUAUUGAGGCAUGCCUCUUGGUUUGCAAUAUCUAUUCAACAGCAAAAGACUUGAAAUUCCUACAGGAAGAUAAUAUCUCGUUGAUUAUUAAAUUUAUUCAAUUUCAAUUUCGUGAAACUAUCUUCCCAUCAUAUGAUCCAGUAUAUACUGUGAAGAGUAUGAAAAAGAUGGAUAAUCGAAAGAAAACUAAAGCCCAGUUAAACCACAAUCGAAGUCUACAGUUGCUCUAUUCGAAAUCUGUCGAGCUAAUGAAGGUUUUUGUGACACUAUUUGAUAAGUGCAUUUUUGUGGAUACCAUUGUUUUGCCAUUGUCGACGCUGGCUAUUGAACCAUUUUUUGUUGAUAACAUUGAUACGUUACAAUUUGUGUGUUUGGAAUUGGUUACAACAAUAUUUCGUAAAGAAAAAUACGACAAAAUGCGCAGUAGCAUUUUGGGUGACAUUCUUGCGUCCAUCGAUCGUCUACCAUCAUCAAAAAAGAAUCUCCGACCAUUCAAGCUAAGCAAUAAUGGUGGCAAUAUUCAAAUGGUUACCGCACUAGUCCUUCAACUCAUCCAAUGUGCAACAAUUCUACCAGAUUCAAUAUAUGAGCCUCUGAAAAACUCGAAAAAAUCUCGAUCAGUCAUCAUUGUUGAUCCUGAGGAGGCCGAAAAACCCGAAAAAGACAACAAAGAUGUUUUGGUGUUGAAAAAAUACGAUGUUGCUGUGAGCAUUGGGGGUAAUUUCCUAACAACCUUUCUUAACAAAUGCAAAACUCGUUCGAAUGAGACCGAUUUCCGUCCGCUAUUCGAAAAUUUCAUUCAUGAUCUAUUGGCAACUGUGAACAAGCCCGAAUGGCCAGCAUCGGAACUACUUCUCAGUUUGCUGGGCACACUGCUGGUUAAGUAUGUAUCGGACAAGACCAUCGAGCAGAGUAUUCGAUUGGUGUCGUUGGAUUAUUUGGGAAUUGUUGCAGCUAGAUUGCGAAAGGAUACCGUCGAGUCCAGAUGUAAGGUGAAUAUCAUUGAUUCAAUGAUUAAGUGCAUCAAGGCAGAACAGGAAAAAGAGGGUGAUCUUCCAAUCGUGAACAGCAAAAUUGAAUUGGAUCCGGAAGAAGAGCGAACUGAGUUUCUGCAGAAAAUUCUGUUAGAUUUUUUAGCUGUAAACGCGCAAGAAGAAGAUCUAGUUUGGGAUUAUGCAAGGCAUUUUUAUUUGGCACAAUGGUAUCGGGAUAUAAUAUAUCAGAGAAGGCGAAUAGCUGAUGGUGAGAAGGGAUAUGCGUCGAGAAAAAAGAAGACAGCAAAGAAAAAGAGAAGAAAAGGUGAAUCAUCAGAAUCGUCAUCAGAUAGUGAAAGCAGCAAUGCUGAUGAUGAUUCAGAAAAUGGUGCUAACGGUUCAACAGGUGGUCGUAAUAAUAAAUCUCGAACUAAUAAUGACUCAAAAAAUACCACCGACCAAGAACUAAAUUUGGAAAUAUUCAAUGUGCUCGAAGAGCGAAAGAAAUAUCUUCUCAGCAAAAUAAAACCAUAUACGGAUAUGAAUUGCACAUCACAACACAUAAAGACUUAUAUAGACUAUAAUAAUGCGCAUUUAAUUGCACAGUAUUUGGCGAGUAAGCGGCCCUUCAGUCAAUCUUUUGAUAAGUACUUGCAGAAAAUUAUAUUAGUUGUAAAUGAACCAUCCAUAGCAGUAAGAACACGUGCAAUGAAAUGCUUAGCCAAUAUCGUCGAAGUCGAUCCCAUGGUACUCAAACGAAAAGACAUGCAAAUGGGUGUCAAUCAGAAAUUCUUAGAUGCUGCCAUUUCGGUGCGUGAAGCUGCCGUCGAUUUAGUUGGUAAAUUUGUUUUGAGUAAUGAAGAAUUAAUCGAUCAGUAUUAUGAUAUGUUAUCAACAAGAAUAUUGGACACUGGUGUAUCAGUGCGUAAGCGUGUGAUAAAAAUUCUUCGUGAUAUUUGCAUUGAGUAUCCAGAUUUUGAAAAAAUACCCGAAAUAUGUGUGAAGAUGAUUCGAAGAGUCAACGAUGAGGAGGGUAUACAAAAGCUUGUCACAGAGGUGUUUAUGAAAAUGUGGUUUAUGCCAUGCAAGGAUAACGAUAAGCAUGGAAUUCAACGAAAAAUCAAUCAAAUCAUCGAUGUAGUCAACACCGCACACGAUACGGGCACUACGUGGCUGGAAGGGCUUCUUGUCAGCAUCUUUGCACCCAAAGAGAAUAUGCUUAAGCCCGAUGGAAGUGCUCAAGAGGCAGUCAAAAAGAAUACGGAACCAGCACCGGAAAUAGUGUUGGCCUGCCAACAACUUGCCGAUGGCUUAGUGGAACGCCUAAUCGAAUUGGAAGACACUGAUAAUGCACGAAUGCUGGGUUGUAUAACAACAUUACAUUUGUUGGCUAAAGUGCGCCCACAACUUUUGGUUCGACAUGCCAUCACAAUUGAACCAUAUUUGAACAUUAAGUGCCAUUCAGCGAUAGCUCCGAAAUUUAUAUGUUCUGUUGCAGAUAUUCUUGAACAAGUUGUUCCACUUAUUGUGAAUCCCAGUGAAUCAUUUUUAGCUUCCUUAGAAGAGCAUUUGAUGCUGUUAGUUGUGUCGCUUAACCAGGCUGUGGUUACAAGUUGUGUAUCUUGCCUGGGGGCGCUUGUAAAUAAAAUCACAAAGAACUACAAGCUGAUUAGAGAUUGCUUUCAGAAAUUUUACCGAAUCAUCGAAAAUAGUCGAGAUCAAGUAGCUAAGAAUAACUACUCCAUAGAUAGUAUCUAUACGCCAAUUUUCCGCAGAAGCCUCUUCACUAUUGGUAUCCUAAUGCGAUACUUUGACUUUAAAUCACCAAAGGUGUUGGGCGAAGGUAGCGGUUUCUCACCUCAAAUCUGUGAUGAAGUAUUCGAAUGUUUAAUGUUCUUUACCCAAUGCGCCAACAAUGAUAUUCGAAAGCAGGCUCUAAUAGCACUGGGUUCAUUUUGUGUAAUGAAUGAUGAUUAUUUAACCCGUAACGAGUUGAAAAAAUUUUACUGUGAUCUAUUGCAAAGCGAAAAUAUCGAUGCGUGUAUAAAAAUAAUUUGUAUGCGUAAUAUUUGGAUAUAUCUAACAGAAUCUGAGAUUUAUAUGCAUAAUAAAGAAAAAGACUGGGAAAAACAACAACAAACAGAAGAUUUAAAAGAAAUGAAUGAUGUCUCAUCGGGUAUGGCCAGCAGAAUCAUUCAAUUAUAUCUGCAAGAUAUCUUGGAUUGUUUCUUAAAUCGAGAUGACUCGGUGCGACUGUGGGCGGUAAAGGUUGUGCAAAUAGUAUUGCGACAAGGUUUAGUACAUCCUGUGCGGAUGGUACCAUAUCUUAUUACUCUUAGUACAGAUUCUAAGCAGGAGUCGGCGCAUCGAGCAGAUGCCCUGCUAAAGGAGAUCGACAAGACUUAUUCAGGUUUUGUUAAUAUGAAAGUGCAAUUCGGCCUGCAGCUAUGUUUCAAACUUCAAGAGCUGCUACAAGGUGAUAGAGGGAAAAAUGUUGUGAUACGAGGUUUCUCUAAAAAAGAACACGAUGUUGUUCCAACAGCCUUGAAUGACUUCCUAUAUACUCUGCUGCGCACAACGAAACCUCAACGACGUGCUCUAGUCCAAACUGUAACCAAGCAAUUCGAUGAUCAAAAGACAACACUCCGUCAAAUGCUCUACAUCGCUGACAACUUGGCCUACUUUCCGUAUGUCGUUCAAGAUGAGCCCCUCUAUCUGAUUCAUCAAAUCGAUCUUAUGAUAUCAAUGGCUGGUACAAAUCUAUUGGCCACAUUUAAGGAAUGUCUGAAACCUGCCGAAAAUGCAGACGAUAUCCUUGAAGAUGAUGACGAUGAAGAAGAUCCAGAUGUUUUGUUUAAACGUUUACCAGAGGAUAUUAGCGAAAUUCGAAAAUGUAUAACGUCAGCGCAGGCGUGCAUGUUACUCUUGAUACUCAAACAGCAUUUGAAAGACAUGUACGGGCUGACAGAUGGUAAAAUAUCAAGGUAUUCUCCGUCGGAAACACAAAAAAUUUACGAAAAAGCUGUCACGAGAAAGACAGUGCCCGAUUUCAAUCCAAAGUCGACAAUUGAAGAGAUUAAGAAAUCGGUCAUAAAAACAAAUGAUGUUGAUUUAAAUCCGGAAGAUAAGAGGGAUUUAGUUGUAAAAUAUUUAGAUUUUAAACAACUUAUGCUUAAGUUAGAUCCAGACGAUGCUGACUCUCUUGAUGACGAACGGGAUAAAUCAAAAUUAAAUAAUACGGCAGCAUCGAUUGAUACACCAUCGACACCAGCCCUUAACUCAACUGGUGCUAAUCAGAGUAGUAUGGAUGAUCAAGCUGGCGAGAGUAGUAGUGGAGCGAGAACGGGCAGUGCGACAACACCACAUGUAAAUAGUGUUAAUCAUACGACGGUUUCAACACCAGCCCAAAGCAAGCAGGAAAUCCCAGCAACACCAACAACGCGUACUGCUCGAGCAACAAAAUCAUCUUCGCGAAAACAACCAACACGUAGCAAACGGAAAAAACGAAAAAUCGUUUCAUCAGAUGAUGAUGAAGAUGACUACAGUGAUGCCGACUACGCGUAAUAAAUUUGUUAUAAUUUUACCAUUUACAAAAAAAAAAACAACACCUCAACACUAAAUAAAAUAAAUUUAAAUGUAAUAUAAUAACAUUCUAAAUAUAUUAAAAAUAAAAAAAGUUUUUUUUUUCGAGUAAAAAUAGAAACAAUUAAUAUAAUAUCAACAAGCAAACAAAAAAAAAUCAACUGAAUUUAGUUUUCUGUAUCUUUUUAUAUAUUAAAAUAUUUUUAAUUUAAUUAAGACAAAUAUAAUAUACUACUUAUAGGUGAGUGUGUACAAGUUAUUUAAACAAAAAAACAUAAAAGAAAAAAAACAACACUACUAUUACAAUAUAAUAUUAUGUUUAAAAAUAUUUUCAUUUUGUAUAAAAAAACGAAGACUUUUUACUUAAAAACUAGAAAGAAAUUAUGUUUAGAGCAAUUUUAUUAAAGCAAACAAUUUAAUUUAUUAUUUUUAAGCGACGAACAAAACAAAAACACACACAAAAUACACAAACAAAACCCACACGCAAACAAAAAAACAAAAAACAAAGAUGUAAAUUAUAUAUAUAUUAAAAACAAAAAAAAUAUGGUGUUUAUAUCUAUAUCUAAAGUUGUAUAUUUUAAACCCACAAGAAUUAAAUAAAAAUUACUGUUAACAUAUAACAUAAAUAUAUAUAUAUAAAAAAGAAACAAAA